AUGUCUCUGCAAAAAGCAGCUGUUGUCGCUCUGUUGUAUAUGUGUUUUUCCGUUUCUAUAAUUUUCUCAAACAAACUAGUGCUUACUACUUUCAAAUUUCCCUCAUAUUUAUUGCUUGCUUUGCUUCAAACAGUGUUCACUUUUAUACUCAUACAGGCUUUAUGCUCAUCUCGAAUUCAAUCAGAUGAUGUGACAAAUAUCCCUUUAAAGAUCCUACCUUUGUCAAUAUUUUCUGCAGUAGAUAUUGUCAUGGGUAUUGCUGGCACAGGAAGUCUCAGUUUACCUUUGUUUACAGCUUUACGAAGGCUCUCAAACCUUUUUAUAAUGGUUGGAGAAUAUUUCUUGUUGGGGACUAAAAGAAACUUCCCUAUAUAUUUAUCAGUUGUUAUUAUGGUAGCUGGGGCUGCAGUAGCCGCUAUUGGUGAUAUCGCCUUCGAUCCAGUGGGAUAUACAUAUAUUCUUGUCAACAAUAUAUCAACAACCGGUAAAGCACUAUUGACAAAAUCUAGACUUCGAGAUUAUAAUUUCUCAAGUAUCGAACUUCUGUACUUCAAUUCCUUGUUGAUGCUGCCGAUUCUUUCUAUUUUAGUUUACAUGAGAUGUGACUACAAUGCGAUUGUUCAAUUCGAAUACUGGCUAGAUCCUGUGUUUUUGUUAUAUUUCCUAUUCUCCUGUUGUUCAGCUGUGGCAUUAAAUUAUUCCCUUGUUCAAUGUACCCAGCAUACAUCUGCACUGACAACUAGUAUUUUGGGGGUUAUCAAAAAUAUUUUGGUCACCUAUGCUGGAAUGUUUGUCGGUGGAGAUUACAUUUAUACAACACUUAAUUUUGUCGGUCUUACUAUAAGUACGAUUGGAGCAGUAUUAUACGUUGUCUACAAUUAUAAAUCUUCACAGAUCCAGCAACCGAAAUCAGGAAUCUUGGUUGGUUAG